AUGACCACAAUCAAUGACAACACGGAAGUCGUGCCAGCAGGCAGCGACAGCCACUGGCUACAGAAGGCCAAAGACGCGCUUUGGCAAUACGAGGUCAAGUCCGAGACCAUCAUGCAAGACGUUUUUGACUGCAUCGGCAUCCUGGAAAACGAUACAGACACCAUCUUCGAUCCUCCUCGCACCGCCAAGAUCGCAGCCGAGCUCAAGCGCUACAUUGAGUUUAUGGACUUUGUCAACGAGGUGCUCGAGGAUAUGGUCAUGGAUGCUGAAGCUGUCAAGCGGUACAGACUCUUGCAGGAGGACAGUAAGCUUGCUCUGCCUACUGAGCAGGCUUGCGGGCUUUGA